AUGGAGGAAAAAUUGUAAAUAUUUUUGUUCUUUUGUUUAUAAGAAAAAUAAUCGUCAAAAUGGCGAUGGAUCCGUUGUUUUUAGCUCUGAGUUUCUUUCGGAGGAGAAAGUUUGAAGAGUGCUCUGAAAUAUGUACACAGUUGUUGAAGAAAAAUCCUUACGAUCAAGCAGCAUGGUGUUUGAAGACUCGUGCAUUGACUGAACAAGUUUAUGUUGAUGAAAUAGAGGUUGAUGAAGAAGGCAUUGCUGAGGUGUUGAUGGAUGAUAACUCAAUGGCUCAAUUGCCAAGACCUGGGACUUCUCUAAAGAAACCAGGAACAGGAAUUGGGGCUCCCACUCCAGGUGUCAGACCCAUGUCCCAGUCAGGUCGUCCCCUCAGUGGAUUUGUUCGACCAGGCACACAAAGCGCCCGUCCUGGUACGAUGGAACAGGCCCUUCGCUCAUCAAGGACGGCCGGUACGGCUAGACCUGUGACAAGUGCUUCUGGUCGAUUUGUCCGCCUGGGAACGGCGUCGAUGUUAUCUCAGCCGGAUGGUCCGUUCAUAAAUGUACCAAAACUAAACUUAGCGAAAUAUGCGCAACGACAGAAUCUUGCCAAGUCGCUAUUUGAAUACAUAUUCCACCAGGAAAAUGACGUUCGUAACGCUUUAGAGUUGGCUGCGCGGGCAACGGAAGCCUGCAAUUUCAAGGAUUGGUGGUGGAAAGUGCAGCUUGCGAAAUGUUACUACAGAUUAGGAAUGUUUCGAGAUUCGGAGAAACAAUUGAAAUCUUCUUUACGAGACCAGGAGAUGGUGGACACAUAUCUUUACCUGGCUAAGGUUUACGUUCGCCUGGAUCAACCACUAACUGCUAUCGAUGUCUUGAAAAAGGGCAUUGAGAAGUUCGUAGGAGAAACUGCGCUGCUGACGGGCAUAGCGAGAAUUCACGAGGCAUUGAACAACAUGUCAGACGCCGUGCAGGUAUACACGAGUGUUUUACAUUACGACAACACUCAUGUUGAGGCCAUCGCUUGCAUAGCAACACAACAUUUCUACACCGACCAACCAGAAAUUGCUUUGAGAUAUUUCAGACGUCUUCUUCAAAUGGGAGUCUACAACACAGAACUUUUUAAUAAUCUUGGAUUAUGCUGUUUUUACGCUCAACAAUACGAUAUGGCUUUGAACUGCUUUGAACGGGCAUUGAGUCUAGCAUCAGACGAAAAUAUGGCAGAUGUUUGGUAUAACAUUGGCCAAGUGGCACUGCGUAUCGGUGACUUGGGGAUGUCGUAUCAAUGUUUUCGUCUGGCCUUGGCGUCCGACAAUAAUCACGCGGAAUCUUACAACAACCUCGGAGUCCUUGAGUUUAGAAAGGGCAAUAUUGACCAGGCGAAAGUCUUCCUCCAAACAGCGCAGAAUUUAGCAUCUUUGAUGUACGAACCGAACUUCAACUAUGCAUUAUUGUCACAACAGGUGGGCGAUCUUCAGAGCAGUUUUUCUGCUGUCAACAAAUCACUAGAAGCAUUUCCGGAACAUUGGGACAGCAAAGACCUGUUACGACAACUGAGACUGGAAUUAGCAGCGUUGUAAAUAAUAGAGCAGAAUAACAGUUUGCAUGUGAAUUCAUUCA